UUCACCUGAUCGAUGGAGCGUGAACUAUGGUUCAGAGUUCUGAUUUUUCACACUGUGACCAUCCUCAUCAUGCUUUACUCCUCAGCAGGAAAUUUGGAUCUGACUUGUUCACAUCAGCCAAUCAUAGCUCUGGCUGGUGAUGAUGUCAUUCUACCAUGUCACCUUGAACCUGUCACCAGUGCAGCUUCCUGGACAGUGGAGUGGACCAAACCAGGUCUGGACCCAGAGUUUGUCCAUGUUCACGAAGAUGGACGACUGUUGCAUGAGAUUCAAAAUCCAUCUUAUUAUUAUCGAACAAGACUGUUUGUGGAUGAACUGGAACAUGGAAACGUCUCCAUGAAAAUCUUCGAAGUGAAACUGUCUGAUGAAGGAACAUACAGAUGUUCCCUUCCCGUGGUACAAGAGGAAGUUUUUGUCCAACUCAUUGUUGGUUCUGUCUCCUCACCUGUCGUGAACAUGACCAUCCACCCUCGAGCAGUGGUGUUAGAGUGUAAAUCUAAAGGCUGGUAUCCAGAGCCUGAGGUGUUGUGGCUGGACGGUGAGGGAAACCUCCUCUCUGCUGGACCUACAGAGACAGUCAGAGGUCCUGAUGACCUCUAUACUGUCAGCAGCAGAGUGACUGUGGAGAAGAGACACAGCAACUUCACCUGUAGAGUCCAACAGAACAAAACCAACCAGACCAGAGAGACACACAUACAUGUUCCAGAGACUGAAACAAACCAAGGAGCCAGUGAUGCAUCAGGGAAAAGAGAAAACCAAUCUAACAGCUCUGAAGACCAGCCUCUCACUGAAGGAGGAGAAGAGACGGAGCAGACCAGGACACAAAAUAAGAGUUCACAUGCAGAGUCUGGACCUGGGAGAGAUGAAGAGGAAAGUUUUCAGUGUUGCAAGAUGUUUACCGAGACAGACAGACUGUCCUGUAGAUCUCUGCUCUGCCUGAUUCUCCAUCAUGCUGUGGUCAUGCUUCUCCUAACACACUGUGAUGGAGCUGACUCUCAGGAGAUUGAUCAGCCUCAGCAGAUAGUAGCAAUGGUUGGUCAUGACGCCACUUUGUCAUGCAAAGUGAACUCCAGGAGCGAUCCUGUUCAAGAGUUCCUGGAGUGGUCAAGAUCUGACCUGGAGCCCAAGUUUGUCCAUGUGAGGCGAUCUGGCAAAGACCACCUGGUUGAUCAAAACCCGUCCUACAAAGGAAGAACGUCAGUGUCCACUGAAAACCUGAUGCAGGGAGACUUUGCCCUGCAACUGUCCAACGUGAAACCAUCUGAUGAGGGAACAUACAGAUGCUUCAUCCCCAAACUGGAAAUAAACUCUGAAGUGAAGCUUGUUGUUGGUGGUGCAUUCGUGGACUCGUCUAGUUCGCCUGCCUCUACCGUCAUCGGUGUGAUCGUUGGCAUCUUAUUCAUUCUUGUGGUCGCCUAUCUCGUUUGGAGAUGGAGAGAAAACAGACUCAGGAACACAGAGCAGCACGAAGAUGAAGAAUCACAGAAAGAGAAAACGGGCAGCUCUAGACAUAACAGUUCAGAACAAGAGCCUCUGAUAGAAAAACAAACUGACAGAGAUGGAGAGAAAAUGAAGAAUAUGAACGAUGAAGAAGAAAAACAUUGUAAAACUUUAAGUGAAGAAACAGGACGUCCAUGUCAAACAGGGGGGGACACAAACCAACAGCAGCACAGGACAGACAGAGAAACACCACCAGGUCAGUCAGUGCAGAGUCCAGGAGAUGGAGAAGAGUCUGAUCCUGACACAGCAGGUGGAGAAGGACAACAACAGCUCUCAACAGCAGACGCAGAGAAUGAUCAUGAUGAGGGAGAAGAUAAAGAAACAGCAGGUCAGAGUCAAACUGAGGGAGACAGACAAAAAGAUGAGACCCAGGCAGGAGGAGAGAUAAAACCUGAGGAACAGACGAACCCAGAGAGUGAAGGAACAAAACCUUCAGCUCCACAAAGACCAGAAACACACCAAGAGACUGAGAGCAGAGACGGAGGGAGGGAUAUCACACCAAAACCAAAUGACUCAGAAAGUCAGCCUGUCAGUCAGACUUCAGAGGCAGCAAAGAGCGAGUCAAACACUGCAGAAAAAGAGACUGAGGAAGCAGAAACAAAUGAAGGGCAGCUCAUUAACACACAGUCAGAGAAUACAUCUGCAGGUGACACAGACUCUAAUGUAAUGAAGCAAACACAAGACCAAGCACAGCUGGUGGAAAAUGAAAACACUACAUCAGGAGCAGGAGCCGGAGGAGGAGCAGAUGAGACUGAAUCAGUAAGGCCAACACAGACCCUCAUCACAGAGCAAAAACCAGACCAACAACAGACCAUGGAAGAUGGACAGACUGUAACUAAUCCAGAGGAAGAAAAGAUAGAAACACACCGAGAUAAGGAAAGUGGAGCAGAGCCAGGGAUGAGUCCUGACAGCAGAGAUGCAGACGACCACAUGACACCAACAAACAACACAAACCUGAACUCUCCUAAAGAUGAAGAACAAACAGAGCAGUCCUCAAAAGAAGGAGUCUGUGGUGAUUCAGACAUUCAUACAUAAAGCAGUUUAUAAUGUGAACAGGAAAAGUCUCUGCAUGAACUGACAAAUAAAUCUAUUCUUUUUUUCUUUGCUUUUUAGCAUCAAGUUUAAUUUCUGCAGUUUGUUUAUGAGCAGGUUUUAAUGCUGUGUAUUCCUGUGUUGGUUCCUCACUGAGUCUGUAUCAUCUUCAUGAAAUAAAGGCAAAGACUCGUCUUCA